AUGGGUUCGUCCAACGGUGCCGUCUUUCCUUCAGUCACCUCACCUUCUCCGUCGCAACUGUCGGAGGCGCCCACUUCUGUAGCAGACCCGGACCCGACCUCUCUCCUGAUUGCGCAGGCGUUGGCCCAAACGAGCUCAUCCUCGAAACGGGGCAUCGCAUACAUCAGGGGCGAGGCGGCCCAUGAGGCCGACUACAACCUGCUGCUCUCCUCCAAGUCGCCGUUGAACUGGUACUACACAUGGCUGCCGACGGUGGCGCCGUCUGACAUCUUCCAGGGGGACCAGGCCGACACGAUCGAGUUCGUGCCCACGAUACACAACAACACCAAGGUAGACGAGGACCUCGAGUCCCUCAAGAGCCUGCCGGCCUCGUCCAAACAUCUCUUCACAUUCAAUGAGCCAGACGGCACCUUCGAGACCGGCGGUUCGGACCUGACACCCCAGGUCGCGGCUCGCGUCUACAUUGAGAAGAUCGUGCCGCUGCGGAACCGCUUCCAGAUCUCGCACCCGUCCACGACGGGGUCGCAGCGCGGGUUCCAGUGGCUCCAGGAUUUCAACGCGGCAUGCUGGGCCAUCGACCCGGAGAAUGGCUGUCCGGCGGACUUUGUGGUGAUCCAUUGGUACGGCGACUUCGUCGGCAUGACCUCUUGGAUCGGCCAGCUGGCAGCCUGGUAUAGGGAAUCCAAAGUCGGGCUCCAGGGAGAGCUGCGGGUGUGGGUGACCGAGCUCGGGGUCCCCGGGGCCGACAUGGCGGCCAACCACGCGGUCAUGACGCAGACGCUGCCAUUUCUCGACCAGCUGGACUACGUGGAGAAAUAUGCGUGGUUUGGGCAGUUCCGGCCCGACGGCGCCAACAACUGGACGGGGGCCGGGCUGUCCUUGUUCGAGAACGAUGGCGGCCUGAGCACCCUGGGCGCCACGUACCUUGGAGGGCAGACGACCGGGUUUUCCGUGGGGGAUAAAGGCCAAGAGAGCAGCAGUACCGGUGGGAAGGGAGGCAGUGGCAACAACAGCAACAGCACGGGCAACGACAACAGCACCGAUGUCGGAGCUGGUGCGGGAAGUGGAAAUAGCACCAGCAACGACACGAGCGGUGGUACCCAGGGAAGCGAGGAUAAGGGCAGUGGAUCCGUUUCUGUUGCGAGUGCUGCGACCUCGAUGCUGUGGAUGUGCGUCGUCACGCUCGGCAUAUGGGUGCUUGAAUGA